AUGGAGGGCAUCCUGGAGGAUAACCCAUCAAGCCAGGACGACUCCCAACCGCGUCGUCCGAUCUCAGAACACCAUGAAGCCACAAACCAAGCAAAAAUAGCAAGCACCAUCCACCACGCAAACGAACACGUCACGACGGACCCACAACAUCCCGAGAAAACUAGGGACAAAGCGGCACAAAUCAUCCAGGAUCUCUGUCUCCGGGUCCAAGAACUUGAAGGCAAGCUAAACAACCGAGAAAAACACAAUAACGAGCAUGGAAGCCAGGCAACUUCCAGGUCAAGAUCCCACCACGGAAGGUCGCCAAUCCGGCAGCACAAUAGGAGAGAUGAUCGCAGCACCUCACGCAACCGCCGACGCGAGAAGUCGCCUGAACGACGAUACGACAAAAAACACCAUCGCAGCGAUUCUCGGGAUCUAAACCGUCAGCAUGAUUCAGACGAAGACCGGAGAUACCGAAGCACCAAACGCACGAGAAACGACCAUACCAUAAUGGGAGCUACACCCUUCACGGAAGAAAUCUUAAGAGCAAAACUCCCCAGAGGUUUUGACAAACCCACUGACAUGAAGUACGACGGAACCAAAGACCCUCAAGAGCACCUAACGGCCUUCGAGGCCAGAAUGAAUUUAGAAGGAGCAUCCGACGCAGUCCGAUGCAGAGCCUUCCCAGUAACCCUUGCCGGCCCAGCGAUCAAAUGGUUCAACGCCCUCCCGAACGGAUCCAUAACUAGCUUCCACGACAUCACAAGAAAAUUCAUGGCCCAAUUCACAACCCGAAUCACCAAGGCCAAACACCCCAUCAGCCUGUUAGGGGUCACACAAAGGCAAGAAGAAUCCACGAGAAAAUACCUCGACCGCUUCAACGACGAAUGCCUGACAGUCGACGGACUCACGGACUCCGUCGCCAGCCUCUGCCUAACUAACGGACUCAUGAAUGAAGACUUUCGCAAACAUCUCACCACCAAACCAGUGUGGACCAUGCACGAAAUCCAGAACGUCGCCAAAGAUUACAUCAACGACGAGGAAGUCAGCCAGGUCGUCGCUGCCAACAAACAGCAGCACGUCGCCACCCAACACGGCAACCCGACUCCCCGUCAUAACGCACCACCCAAAGAGAACCAACGAGACCACCUUAAACCGACCCACCGACCACCAAGAAUAGGAAAAUUCUCCAACUACACUCCCCUAACAGCACCAAUUACUGAGGUAUACCACCAAAUAGCAGACCGAGGCAUCAUCCCCAGAGCCCGACCACUCAAGGAAAGGACUGGAGGAAACAAAACCCUCUACUGCGACUAUCACCGCGGAUACGGCCACAAAACACAAGAUUGUUACGAUCUUAAAGACGCUCUUGAGCAGGCCAUACGAGACGGCAAACUCCCCGAGUUCGUCAAAAUCAUCAGAGAACCAAGGCGCGCCGACAGAGACAAAUCACCAGAAAGAGAAGGGCGCAACCCGAGAACCCAAAAACCACCCAGGGAAAACGCCGAAGAAGAUCCGACCAUCAUAGUGAACGUCAUCACGGGCAAGGACGUGCCAAAUAAGUCAAAACUAACAAUGAAAAAAGACCUCAAGAUAAUGGCCGUCAAAAACCACGACCCAGUCACCUUUGCCGACAGCACGAUAACCUUCCUACCCGAGGACUGCCAGAACGGCACCUCGGCCGGAGAUGCCCCCUUCGUCAUAUCAGCCCGAAUCGGAACAGGACUAGUAAGAAGAAUACUCGUGGACACGGGUGCCGACUCCAACAUCCUCUUCCGAGGAGCCUUCGACAAACUCGGGCUCCGCAACGACAACCUCCAAACGCAUCGCCACGGCGUCACGGGCCUCGGAGAUAACUUCCUCAAGCCAGACGGCUCGGUUACUCUCCCCAUCACCAUAGGAACGAGCAACCAGAGAAAGACGAUCCUAUCCGAAUUCGUCGUCCUAAAAGACUCCACAGCCUAUAACGUCAUUCUCGGAAGAAAAACAAUCAACGACUUCUCGGCAGUCAUCUUCACCAAAUACCUUCUCAUGAAAUUCAAAGCCGAAGACGGCACCAUUGGAACUAUCCACGGAGACCGAGAAAUUGCAGCCGAAUGCGACAACAAUAGCUUAGCCCUAAGGAAAAAUCCCAAGACGCGGCCGGAAUAUUCCUUGCCGACCUAG